UUUCAGCAACUAGGUGCACUUUAAAAACAAUGUUGACGUUUAGUAGUGAAUGGCCGGAGAUUUCGAUUUUCGUGAAGGAUUUUAGGUUCGACUAAUUUCUCUCCACACAAUUCAAUCCAAUACAUAAAAUGAAUCAGGGUCAAGGAAACAUGCACUUUAAUGUGCCCAACAGCUUUUCACCUGCUCAUAUGCCCCAAAAUAUGCAACCGCAGCAGGGAAUGAUGCAACAGAUGCCUCAGCAUUCUCCAAUGGGACAGCAACAGAUCCCGCAAAAUAUGCCUCAGCAAAUGGCCCAGCCCCAGCAAAUGCCCCAAAUGAUGCAACAGUCUCAGCCCCAAAUGAUGCAACAACAACUUAUGGCACAACAGCAACAACAAAUGCUGGCACAGCAACAACAACAUAUUCAACCACAGCAAGCCAUGAUGCAGCAGAUGCCUCAACAUUCCCCGAUGGGACAACAACAGAUCCCGCAAAACAUGCCUCAGCAGAUGGGCCAGCCUCAGCAAAUGCAGCAGCAGCAGCAAAUGGCUCAAUCACAACAAAUGGCUCAGCCUCAACAAAUGGCCCAGCCUCAACAAAUGCCACAAAUGAUGCAGCAGGGUCAACCACAAAUGAUGCAACAACAGCCACAACAACUGCAGCAGCAACAACAAUUACCUCAAGGAAUCUUCCAACAUCCACAGCAACACUCCCCUGCUCCUCAACAAGUAAUGCAACAACAGCAGUUUAUUCAACAACAACAACUCCAGCAACAACAACAGCAGCAGCAUCAACAGCAACAGCAUCAACAACAGCCCCAACAACCUCAACCCCAGGCCCAAAAAGACUUUAAUCCAGCUUCUCUUUGCCGAUUUGGUCAAGAAACAGUUCAAGAACUUGUUUCCAGAGUUCAAGAGUGUUUUCAACUCCUGAAGAAUCUUCAACCACCCAAUGGGUCAGCUCAGAGUACAUCGGUGGCAGUAGAUAAGAAAAAUAAGCUCGACGAUCAACUCAAGAUGGUCAAAGUCUUGUUCAAACGACUCAGAAUUAUCUACAACAAAUGCAACGAGAACAGUCAAGAAUUGGAUUCGUAUCCACUAGAUUCUAUGCUCCCUACACAAAGCAACCUCGUCGAUUGGAAGUACGCUGAUAGAGUCAAAUCCGAACAGUAUCUAGCAGCUGUUGAUGAAAAGAAGGAACUCUACGAUCAAAUUCUCGUAAAAAACCGUCACCUCCAAGAUAUAAUGGAAUAUAUGAGAAGUAUCAUAUGGGAAAUCAAUACUAUGCUUAUGAUGAGACGUCCAUAACGUUGUGUAAUUGUGGUAAUCGAGCCUUUUGUGGUGUAAUAACAAUAAUAAAUUUUCAGAAAUGAAA